AUGGGUCGUAUGCACAGCAGAGGGUGAGUGGGGAUUCUCUCAACAUCAUCUACUGGUUCUUCCCGUCGCUCGAUGCUACAUGCUCGUGUUUUUUUUUUUCGUUCUCUUUUCGCAUCGCAGUAAGGGCAUCUCCGGAUCCGCCCUGCCUUACAAGAGGACCCCUGCGAGCUGGGUGAAGACCUCUCCACAGGAUGUGAGUGCAGCUCUCCUUCGGCAUUCUCUUACAUCUCCGGCUCUUCUUUUUUCUGCUAUUUUUUCUCACAAUCUUAGUCGAAGACAGGUCGAAGAGAGCAUCUUUAAGUUCGCGAAGAAAGGGCUGACCCCAUCUCAGAUCGGUGUCAUACUUCGUGAUUCACACGGUAUUGCUCAAGUAAAAAGCGUCACCGGCAAUAAGAUCCUGCGUAUCUUGAAGGCUCAUGGUAACUCCUAUAUACCAUGUUAUUUUUUUAUUCGUCCAUUUAUUUUUCUUCGUUUGAAAUCUUCACUUUGUCGCCUGAAACCACCUGUAUUUUCAUAGGUCUGGCUCCGGAGAUUCCGGAGGAUCUUUAUCAUCUGAUUAAGAAGGCGGUGGCCAUCAGGAAGCAUCUAGAGAGGAACAGGAAGGACAAGGAUUCCAAGUUCCGCUUGAUCCUUGUGGAGAGCAGGAUUCAUCGCCUCGCCCGCUACUACAAGAGGACUAAGAAGCUCCCUCCCGUCUGGAAAUAGUAAGAUUUUACGUUGAUCAUUUUUUUUUGCAAUUUUUUUGUUUUCUUUUUAUUUGAUUAAUUAAGAUUGCUUCCUGCCUUGGGACGGGGGCGUCUUUUCUUUUCUGGAUGUUCGAUUUGCACAGUUGUUUUAAUUGAGUUAUAAUCCACGCGCGGUGCGGCAGGUCUACUAACAAUUUUGUCCUAAGAAAUGUUCCAAAAUUGAAAUGGGAAGAAAUAUUUUAUCUUUUUAAUAUUACACGCGCGCUAUUUUCUUCGUUAUUGCUAACAUUUGAACAGUUAAUAUAUCUCAAAUAUUAAACAUGUACUAUGAAAAAUAGUUGAAAAUGAUCCGUGAUUGGGCUGGUAGAUUUUCUGUUUUCCUUUUCUUAAAGGAUUAUACCAUGCGAAACUUACCUUAGUUUUUACCUACGCUCUCCUUUAUAGAAAACUGAUUUGUUGAAAUACCUAGUCUUAGUUUAUCACCUCCAAAUUAGAAGAUCAGCUUUACAACAGCAUUAAUAAUUACACUACUGCUUCAUUGCGUCCUUUGCUCUUGGGGCAGUAUGGAUUUUGGGUUCAUUUGUUCAUGUGAAACUCUCUUGGAAUAUCGACCUGGAUUCAACGAGGCCCUCACUAAACAGUUUAUUGAUUGCAACAUUGUCCACUCAAGAUAACGUCAAAUUAGAUGAUCUCCGUUUGUAUUUCUGCUUACAUUCAUAUUCAUGUUAACGAGGAGGUUGAGAAACAGUGAGUUGGUAAAGACUUAACUAAAUAGUUGGCCUCAGGCCUGCUAGGACUGUCUGUUGCGGGCUUUAGGUUCCCCAGAAGAAUGCCCGAUUGUUUAUUAUUUAUACUUGUGUAAUCUUAAUGGUUACUCCGUAUGUGUGCGAAACUGAUUUUUGUAAACAGUCUUAGAGACGCAUAAAUGCUGAAUUUUUAGUCCCGUCAAUUGCUUUAUUGAAUAGGAUGGUUAAUGAGUAUAAGUAAUUAAAUGGGUUAACAUUGUAUUUCUGGGUUAUUUUCUGAUCACUGAACAGCGAGUCUACCACUGCAAGCACUCUGGUGGCGUAG